GCCACGGCAGCACAAGAGCUAGCCGGAAAACCCCAUCCAUCUCCGCUCCGCCACCACGAUGGCCGCCGCCGCCGCAAGGUCGCUUCUCCGCUCGUCGGCCUCCCUUCUCCGCGCUGCCCCGGCGAGGUCCUCCACCUCGUCGGCUGCGACACGUCCGCCUCUUCGGCGCGCGUUGGCUGCUCCUCCCCGCCUCCUCAGGUCGCCCGUUGAGUCGAGCUUCUGCGUGGAGUCGCUUAUGCCGCUGCACAGCGCCACCGCCGGCGCGCGGAUGACGUCCAUGCUUGCCAUCCCUGGCCGAGGCCUCGGCUGGCUCACCCAAGGACCUGAUGAAAUUAGAUGAAGAGCAACGGGGGAAAGCUGAAACGGAUGGAGUAUGAUGCUAGCGCUUUAGGAACCAGGAGAUCCGUGGUUUACAAGUUCUUUUGUGACCCUGCAGAAUGAGUUGACAAAAAAGAAGAAGUAUGCUUUAUUUAUCUGUGUAUGCGAACGGUGAUGAUGACUUAAUAAAGAAUUCUGUAUGCUGCCCAGGCCUUUUAUCUUCUUCGCUGACCAAAAUCAUAAUGUAAUGAGAAUUGUGGCAGGAACUAAGAUAGUGGAAGCAUAGAUUUGCUUGGCAUGGCUUCUUCGUUUA